UCGGAUAUGACAAGAUAGGUGUUUAAAACACCCGCUGACAGAUAUUGUUAAAAACAUUAAUUGUCAAAAUAUUAAAGGAAUAGUAUAUUUACAAAUAUACAAAAAAAUGUCAGCCAUAUUUGUGAUAGUUCUGGCCAUAUUGACGCUGAGUAAAACAAACGGACAAGAUAUUUCAAAUGUGAAACAAUUAUAUACGGAUGUUUUUGCCAAUCAUCAAAAGGAAGUCCUACCAAAAGUUGAUCAAAACACGCCAUUACAGAUUUCAGUGACAAUAUAUCUGAUGACUGUAACAAAGUUUGACGAAGUCGAUGAAACGAUAGUUAUCUUAGGCGGUAUGGGGUGUUCAUGGAACGAUGCUGGAAUAUACUGGGACCCGACGUCUUAUGGAAAUAAAACAUAUACCAUUUUAUCGAGUGAAAAAAUAUGGACGCCACCAAUAACUCUAAUAAACGCUGUUGAUGUUUUAGGUCCUGUCCAAGGAGACACCAAAACUAAUGCGUAUAUCUUUUACGACGGAAACGUGACAUUGCCUCUUGGAGGUGUAAUGUCAGCAAAGUGUACAACAGAUAUAUCAAAAUUUCCAUAUGAUUCUCAGACUUGUAAAUUUCAGUUUCUUUCGUGGGGUUUAGAUGAAACGGAAUUAAUACUUAAUUUAAGUUCUGAUCCUUUUAAUGCACAAUUUUUUACACCAAAUUCUAAUUGGAAUUUUUCAUCGUAUGAUAUACGGACAUUUUCCUGGAAUGGAUAUUCAACAUUAGAAUUUUCGAUAACCAUCAAACGUGCGUCUUUGUACUACAGCGUUAUGGUUGUAUGUCCAACUAUUUUGUUUGGGUUGCUGAAUCCGCUUGUGUUUCUUCUCCCUGUCGAAUCCGGUGAACGGAUCGGACUAGCAAUGACCAUACUUCUUUCGUAUGCUAUUUUUCUAACCUUAGUUUCUGCAGCCAUUCCCGCAUCGUCGAAUCCAAUGUGUAUUCUAUUGAUAGUAAUGAUAGUAACUAUCGUUAUAAGCGGUAUCAUAGUUGUACUGGCUAUUUACGUUUCAUCCCUGUACUAUCGAGAUGAUAAGAUUAAAAUAAACGCUUUCUGGAAGUUCAUUGGGUUACGCCUUCCUUGGAGCAAGACACACAAUAAAAUCGCAACAGAAACGGUUUCCUGUGAAAAGCCGGGAAUAGGUUGUUCCGGCGAUGUUAAUGUUACAUGGCAGGAUGUAAGUCAUGGAUUAGAUGUUUUGUUCUUGAUUGUGUCUUAUAUUUUAAUAUGUGUUUUAAUUGGAGUGUAUUUCAUAAUUGUACGGUAAACUUCUCUUAAGAUGUUUUUGAACUGAUAUUAAACUUCUUGUUUAUGUUGUAAAUGCACAAAAUACAAUAUUUUCAUAUU